UAUCAGAUGCACUUGUGCUGGUAGAUCUUUGGGCAAAAAAGCUGCUGUUCGGCUCGUGUGAAAAAUGAAUGGCUACGGAUCACCCUACCUCUACAUGGGGGGCCCGGUCUCCCAGCCCAGAGCACCUCUUCAAAGGACCCCAAAGUGCGCCCGGUGCAGAAACCACGGGGUGCUCUCCUGGCUGAAAGGACAUAAGCGUUACUGUCGCUUUAAAGACUGUACCUGUGAGAAAUGCAUCCUGAUCAUUGAGCGACAGCGGGUGAUGGCAGCUCAGGUAGCCCUGAGAAGGCAGCAAGCGAACGAGAGUUUAGAAAGUCUCAUACCGGAAACGCUGAGAACUUUGCCGGGAAUCUCCGUCCCAGGUGCCGGCGAGAGUAACCAAGGGGUGCCCCCGCGCUCGGGGCAGAUAGACCUGCGGUGGACGGCAGAACAACCCGGCAGCACCCAGCCCGCAAUCGGUGAGAGAGACAAAUUUAUCGAGGACCUCUCUGGAGAGCAGUCGGGGCCUGAAAACGGAGGCAGCAGCAGUGACAAGGAGCAGGACCAGGUGAGCUCCCCAGAGGGACCCAAAGCCAACCCGUGCUACACCCCCGAGGGUCCCGACGGCCCCCCGGCGCUGGAGGACAGCCGCUACAGUCUGCAGAAGGGCAGCGUCGAGCUGGAGGCCAAAUCCGACAGCCCCAAGUACCACGGGGAGCAGAGCCUGCUCAUCGAGGGCCUGUCCGGGUCUGUCUCGCUGCCCUUCAGCCUCAAGACCAACCGCCCCCCGCUGGAGGUGCUGAAGAAGAUCUUCCCCGCCCACAAGCCGGCCGUCCUGGAGCUCAUCCUGAAGGGCUGCGGGGGGGACCUGGUGGGCGCCAUCGAGGUGCUCCUCUCCAGCCGCUCCGCGCUGGGCUCCGAGAGGCCGCCCGGCGAGCCCUCCGAGGCCCUCCUGCUGCCCUCCAGCGGGCACCUCUUCGAGCACACCCUGGGGUCCUACCCGGUGUCCUCCUCCAAGUGGUCGGUGGGCUCGGCCUUCAGGGUGCCCGACUCGCUGCGCUUCCCGUCGGACUCCUCCGGCGUGGUGCCCAGCCCGCUGGCAGUGCCCCUGCAGCACCCCUUCCCCCAGCCGCCCCGCUACCCGCUGAUGCUGCGCAGCUCGCUCUCCCGGGCCGGCCAGGCCAGCCCCUUCGUGCACAACGACGUGACUCUGUGGAAUACCAUGACCCUGCAGCAGCAGUACCAGCUCCGCUCGCAGUACGUGUCGCCCUUCUCGGGUGCCUCCGGCGGCGUCUUCCGGACCUCCCCGGUCCUCCCCGCCCGCCCCUCCGAUGACCACAGGAUUACAAUCCAGGAGGACGGCUGUCCCGUGGUGCCCAAGCAGGCCAUGUACGCGGACGAGGACUACGACGAAAGGCCCGAUUCCUCGGACUCGAGAAUUUUAAAUUCCUCCGCCUGACGUGCGUCAGUCUGACGAAACCAAAAGAACAGUC